AUGUCUGCCCCACGCUACGCAUACAUCAUCUCCAAAAACCUCGACCCAGUCUUUGCGUUGUUCAUUGGAGGAUCCGCAGCAGUUGUUCGCAUCAACCGCGACGAGAAGGAGAAGGGCAAGACGACACAAGAUACGAUCGAGUCGCUCAAGAGAAGGAUCGGAAAGGCUACUGGCUUGAGUUCAUGA